GCCGAGACUGGCGACGACAGAGAUGAGAGCGGUAAAAAUGGAUUGAGUAGCACCAGGGACGGGCCGUCCCGCUGAAAUGUCAAAUGUACGUUCUCCAUCACUCUCUUGCCUUGGGAUCUUAUGUGAUGUGGAUGUUAAGCAGCUCACAAUACCGUGUGAGGUGUCAAGGUGAUCAAAGAUCUUUUACAAUAACUCAUGAGCGCAGAAGCACGUGAAGUCAUUGCCUGACCACGAUGGAGGUUCUCGGUGUUGCGGCCAACGUCAUCGCAGUUGUUGAUAUUUCCAUCAAGAUCGCAUCGCUUUGCGUCCAGUACGCCAAGGACGUGAAAAAUGCCGCUGGCGAUAUCGAACAAGUUAAAAACGAGGUUACCAACCUACAGGGAGUUACCGAAGCAGUGCAGGAGUUGUUAAAUAAUCCCAAUAGCGCGAAACUCGGCAAAUCGCAGAGACUCAAGGAUAAUCUCGACGACAGUCGGUUGCUGCUUGAAACACUUGAGCUCAGGCUCAUGCCUCGGACGUCCCGCAAGGCAAUGAGCAAAAUAGGUCUUCGCGCAUUGAAAUGGCCGUUUCAGAGGAAAGAGGUGGAUGAUCUAGUUGAGACGCUUAGGCGACACGCUGAGACAAUCGAUCGGACUCUCCAAGUGGAACAGACGGGUAUUAUUCUCCAUGUCGACGAAAAACUGCUUUGCAUCGACCAAAAGACAGUACUCAGUAGACUUCCUGUAGCUACAGAUACCCGAGUCGACGUCCUCCUCCGCAUUCAUGAAUGGGCCAUAGACCCUGACGCCAAGCCUAUUUUCUGGCUCAACGGAAUGGCUGGGACUGGAAAGUCUACAAUAUCUCGCACUGUUGCUCGGUCUGUUGCUGCGUCAGGUCGCCUCGGCGGCAGCUUCUUUUUCAAGAGAGGAGAGGCUGACCGGGGGAGCUUGUCUAAGUUCUUCGCAACCAUCGCCAUCCAGUUGGCCGAAAGAGAGCCUGCUAUCGCGCCACAUAUCAAGGCUGCUAUUGAUGCUGAUCCUCACAUUGCUGGAAAGGCGGCACGACAUCAAUUCAGCGAACUUAUCAUGCGGCCACUGAGAAAUACUGCCCCAGGCGCUCAGAGAUCAGGCACAUUGGUGGUCAUUGUUGAUGCCCUUGACGAAUGCGACCGGGAUGAGGAUGUCAAACUUCUUAUCAAUCUUUUCUCUUGCACAAGAGAUCUGCAGUUUCCAAAACUAAGGAUCCUCGUUACAAGCAGGCCAGAGCUGCCAAUUCGACUUGGCUUUUACGGUGUGAAGGGCAUAUAUUAAGACCUUGUACUUCAUGAAAUACUAUCUGGUAUUAUUGAGCAUGAUAUCUCUGCGUUUUUCGACCAC